GGGUUGGGAGAGUCCAUAACAGCUGGUUCUGCCAGGCGGCGUCAUUCGAGUUGACGCCGUCGUCGAUCAUGGUCGCAUUUUGGGAGCUCUUCGCCACCUUGGUUCUGGAGGUGGUUCUCUUCUCUUGGAGUCGGACGGUCCGGUUCUGCUUCUGGCUAUGGUUCUGGUUCACUCAGCAAAAGUCCGAGCGGCUCCCGCCGAUUCGUCAACAACUCCUACUCCGUUCGGCUUCCGAACUCGCCGCUGAAAUACGAGAAGGAAAGGUGAAGAGCGUCGACCUGGUCCACGCGUACAUCGACAGGAGCCUGGCGGUGCAGGGCGCCCUGAACGCCGUCGUCGAGGACAGGUUCGAAGCGGCCCUCCGGGACGCCGAGGAAGCAGACAGACUCGUCCGCUCGGGCACCCUGUCGCCGGAGCAGUUGGAGCGUGAGAAACCUCUGCUAGGCGUGCCCUUCACCGCAAAGAACAGCAUCGCCAUCAGCGGGCUCGUGCAGGAUGCCGGCUCUGCCUACUACGCGGGCCAGCGGGCGGACCAAGACGCCGCGGUGGUGGCCCUGCUCCGCCAGGCCGGCGCCAUUCCGCUGGCACUCACCAACGUGCCCGAGCUGUGCGCCUGGGGGGACUCGCACAACCGACUCCAAGGAUCCACGCGCAACCCGUACGACACACGCCGGUCGCCCGGAGGGAGCAGCGGAGGCGAGGGAGCCCUCAUCGCUGCGGCAGGAUCACUGAUGGGCAUCGGCACCGACCUGGUUGGUAGCAUCCGAGUACCGUCUGCAUACUGCGGGAUCUACGGGCACAAGCCCACGGCAGGCACUGUCUCCAACGGGGGCGUUUUCCCCCGCGUGGCCGAACAUAUGGCCCAGUACAACUGCACUGGCCCCAUGUGCAGGUUCGUGGAAGACCUCGCGCCCAUGCUCAAGGUCAUGGCUGGUCCCAACGCGGCCCAGCUUCGCUUGGACGAAAAGGUCGAUGUACGCGAUCUGAGAAUCUACUACGUAGAAGACGAAGGCGCCACCGUCCUGAGUCGAGUAGACCGCGAGGCACGGCAUUCGCUCCAUAAGGUCGUCAAGUUCCUGCAAGAGUCCCACGGCGUGACUCCAGUUCUCCUGCGACUCGCCGAACUCAGAAACCUGUACCCUUUCUGGCUGACAGCCUGCGCCUCGUCCAACGGAGCCGACUUAGGCGACAUCUUCAAGCACGGACAGGAGAAGAUGAACCUCAUGAAGGAAGCGCUGCUCACCCUGGUCGGACGAUGCAAGCACAGCCCCGCAGUGAUUCUCCUCUCCUGGCUCACCAGCCUGGCCUACUUCAGAUCGGAAAAGCGGCAGGCAUACUUCGCCUCGACGGUCUCCGGUCUACAACAGCGGCUGGAAGACCUGCUUGGAACCGACGGCGUCCUGUUGCUUCCGACCAACGCGACCUCCGCGCCGUACCACCACCAGGACCUCGGCUUCUGCGAGACGUUCAGCAUGACAUGCAUGUUCAACUUCCUCGGGUUUCCUUCGACGGCCUGCCCGGUCGCCUUCGACGCUCAGGGGCUGCCACUGGGGGUCCAGGUGGCCGCAGCUCGGGGCCAAGACAGGCUCUGUCUGGCCGUGGCCUCGGAGAUUGACCAGGGUUUCGGCGGAUGGAAGCAACCCUGGCCUUCGAGAACUUAACUGAAUUGUGGGAUCGCGAAAGUAAAGGCGGAAACACGACACACGAGUGUACGCGCCUGAAGCUCACGAACCUGAAUAACUCAGCGGAGUCGAGUGCGUACGACGAGUCGGCCGUUUCGUCGUGCUUGUGUUCGGCACUCAAGCUUGUUUCAUGCACCCUAGCCAACAUUUGUUUAACAGUGUCGCAUCCGUGUUCAAUGAUCUAACACUAUCUAAAAAACGACUAAAAUAAUAAAACAUUGUUUCUCUGGAA